AUGCCCGCUCACGACGUGACUCCAGGUCUUGAAUUUGUUCCUGCCUUGAUUGGUGAUACCGUGCGAAAGGAAACGGAUGGUGGCACGGUGUUCAAACACUUCAAGUGGAUUGGUGACCACGGUGCGCAAAAACGGAGGAAAGACGGCACUCCCCUGUUACUUCCUUCCUCGCACAACGACUCGGUGCAGGGCACCUUCACAAUUGAGGUGUCGAUGUGCGGCCCACCGAGGAGGCAGGUACAAAUCGCCGAGACUAGUGAAAUGCCUUUACUUUUCUUUGAUAUAUGGCAUGGAAGGUACACACCUGCCUCGAACGAAGAACGUAGCUACCUUACUACCUCAGGUGUCCCAAGGUCGCCGUUAGCUCUUUCUCCCCGUUCCGUCCUUGUCAUUCCUUCCAUUCCCGGCGUCCCCUUCUCCCAGAAUCCCUCUCCAUCCCACAUCCCCCACCCUCCUCCAUCCCACAUCCGCAUGAAGAAAUUCGCCGAGCACAAUCCCAUUCUUCAUGGCGGGACGUGUUCAAGAUGCACAAAUGUUUUGCUUCUGACCCAAUUCGACUCUUUUCCGAUCAGCCUCUCCUGA